CUUGUCCCUCGGUGUCGGUGUGUCUAAGCGGAGCGGCCGAGUGCGGGGCAGUCUCUGCCCGGAUCUGCGAGAGGCGGGCGGACUUGGAGGAGGAGGAGGAGGAGGGGGCGGCCGGGGAGGAACAGUGCCGGGCACCGGGGUGGGGGUUUCACAGCCCCCGCCGCCCCACCAUGUCCCGCCGCAAACAAGGCAGCAAACCGCAGCACCGCAGCGAACUGAGCCGUGAGGACGAGAAGAUGGAGGAGCUGCCGGUGCCCUCGCGGCCGGCCACCGCCCCCAGCCCGGACCUGCUGACCUGCGGCCAGUGCGGGCGAAGCUUCCAGCUCUGCCAUAUCCUCGACUUCAUCGAGCACAAGCGGAGUGAUUGCACCUGGCCGGCCCGUCUCCGGGGAGCCCCCCACGGGGGUCCGCACUCCCCGCUGGCCCAACGGGGGGACGUGCAGCCACUGGGCGUGUCGGACGUUGUGGGAGGAGGAGCCCCCACUGGAGAUGAGGUGGAGCCCGUCUGCUACAUCUGCACCUCCUGCAAGGAACCCUUCCCCAGCGCCUGGCUCUUGCUUCAACACGCCCAGUACAACCAUGGCCUCCACAUCUUCCUCGAGCUGGACCACGCCGAGUCCCCCUUGCCACCACCAUCCAGCACUGACAACCCCGCCGGCUCCCUGUCCCCCCGGUCCCAGGAGGGCAGCCCUUCCGAGGGGCCCCGCGCCCGAGAGACCCCCUUCCGGGUCCGCUCGCCAGCGGCGGUGACGGGCUCCCUGCUCUUUGCUCCGCCCCUCCACCGGCUGCCCGACCAGAGUGACAGUGGCUCAGAGGAGACGGCACCCUCGCCAGCCCAGGGACGGCGGCCGCCGGUGGAGUUCUCCCGCCGGCUGCGGACCCUAGUGGGGGGAGCUGGGCCGUCCCGCCGGAGCCACCAGCACCGCUUGCCGGCCGUGCCAGCCGGCCACUCGUCCUCGGGGACCGGCCGGCAGCACUCGCCACACGGCCGGAGCAAGGACUGUGAGUUCUGCGGCAAGACCUUCAAGUUUCCCAGCAACCUGGUGGUGCACCGGCGAAGCCACACGGGCGAGAAGCCCUACCGCUGCCCCUUCUGCGAGCAUGCCUGCAGCCAGUCCAGCAAGCUGAAGAGGCAUAUGAAGACCCAUGCUGGCCUCUUCAACGGCUGGCCGCCCACCACGGGCAUGCUCGGUGGCAGGGCCGCCCGAGAGCAGGCGUCUCACCGGCGGAGGUACACGGACGAACGCGGAGGGCAGCAGAACCCCAGCGUCACCUCACCCCUCAGCAGCCAGGACGAGUUCAGCUUGAAGAUUAAAGAGAUGAUGGUGGACCCGGACCAGGGUGAGGAGACACGGCCGGAAGACGCGACCGAGCCAUCGGACAGCGAGGGCAACGGGCCGGCCUCGGACUCGGAGCGGCUGCUGGCCAAUGGUGAGGCUGAGCAGCCCGCAGUCCCAGGCCUGGCCAAUGGUUUCAGCUACCACACCAAGAGUCUACUAGUGUCGCCGUUGGGAUCCAGCCUGUUGCGUACCGCCGUGAAGUCCGAACCGGGCUCGGGCCCGGAGGAGGCCGGCUUCAACUUCUACUCCCGCUGGCUGGCUGACUGCGCUGCAUCCCGGCAGCCGGCCGCCCUGCCUCCCCCUCCCCCUCCUCCCGCCUCCUCUUCCGCCACCACUCCCUCCCCGUCCCCUGCCCCCCGGGCCUCACCGGCCUCUGAGAACUCCGGCGGCGACAACAACGGUGGCUCCUGCUCGUCCAGCCCGCCCCGGGACGUGUCGGCAGACAGCGGGCCUGGCACGCCCAAGCGGCUGGGUGGCGGAGGCGGGGAUGAAGGCCGCCGGCGCAAUGCCUGCGAGUUCUGUGGCAAGGUUUUCCGCAACGCCAGCAACCUGACAGUGCAUCGGCGUAGCCACACCGGUGAGCGGCCGUACCGCUGCGAGCUCUGCCCCUACGCUUGCACCCAGAGCAGCAAGCUGACACGCCACAUGAAAACGCACGUCCAGCCGGGAAAGGAGGUCUACCGCUGCCGUACGUGCCACAUCCCCUUCAGCAUCUACAGCACCCUGGAAAAGCACGUCAAGAAACGGCAUGGCGAACAGUUACAGGACGCCCAGCCCUUCCACUAGAGCAGGGCAGCAGGGAGAGCGACCCGCCGUGCCCCGGGGAGGGGGCAGAGCACAGGAAUCCCACAGCAAGUGCAGCUUUCCUUUGUCACGUCCACACUCCCUCCCCAUAUAGACAUCCUCUCCCCUCCCCCUUGCCCAUCCUCCCAGCCCACCUUCUCUUCCCCCAAGGAAGUCAUAGCGGAUUUGUGCCUUUCCCGCCCAGUGUCUCAGGAUUCCAACCAACACCCCACCUCACCUGAGUAACCACUGACCUCUGCUUGAGGCAUCCAUGGCCCCCCAAGAGGGAGAGAAUUCCAAAGGGUCUUUGGACCCUGAAGAAAUACCCCUUUCAUCACAGACCAAAAAGGUUCUAGGUUUACAUUCCUGAGGUUGUGCCCCCCCGGUUGAAGCUCUCUUUGCUACUGUCCACACCUCUCAGAACACUCCGGGUUUAUUUUCCCAAACUUCAGAGUGUGAGAGAGAGGCAGAGAAAAAGACCAUUCCUACUCAGUGUAUCUCAACUCAAUCCCCAAAUCCUACUCAUUGAGUUGUACAGUAUAGAAGUAGGCCCUUCAGCCCAGCAGACCAAAAUUCUCUUUAGCCUGUAUCUUUCUUUCCUUAUCUCUUAGGAUUUAUACCUCCCCGCUGUCGUCUUCAAUCCCACCCCUGUGGGAGAGGGCUCUACCCUCUCUGGAGAAAAGUGUUUCCCCCUCUAUUCCCAUUUGGGAAGCAUCUGCCAAAAACUGAGGCUUCAGUUGAGUUGGCCAACUGUGAAAUGCAGUUCCCAAGUUCUUUUCCCUCUGCCAAAGUUGAUGAGCAGCUCAGGGGUAAUUGACCUCUCAUGUCCAAGGUGAAAGAUGCACGACGUGACUCAUGGGCCAGAAAUAACUUUGCAUUUUAGAAACAGACACCGGAGACAGGGUUUGCCACUUGGUGCUGAAGUGGUGCAGAAAACUUUUGGAGAAAGAGCUAGAUGACCAACUAAGUGGCCAGAGGGGGGCACAUUGUCCAUGUCAGCCAGCCAACAGUGUGCAUUCUCCUGCACAGUCGACGGGUUUGGCAGGGUGGUAGCGGCGGGGGCGGGGAAGGGAAGCUUGUCCUGAAAUUAACGACCCUUCAUUUCCCAAUAACUCAGGGCAGGGCAAGAAGAAGAGGGGCAAAGAAACUCAAAGGAAGUGCCUUAAGAGGAUUGAAAGAUAGACAAAAGUGGACGUGGGUGAGCCCUGUCGGCUUUACCGAGCUCUGGGUUUUAUGGACUUUGGAAAGCAUGCCAGGAAUGGGGUUGAGAGGGACAAUAAAUAAGCCAUGCUCAGCGGGCCGGAUGGGCUGAAUGCAGACUAAUUCUCCUCCUAUGUCAUAUGAUUUUAUAGGCAUUCCCUUAGUUUACCCUUUUUGGCAAUAGGUGGAUAGUACUCUUUCCCCACCCCUCCCUAGUGGCAGCACUUUUGUCAGGUUUGAAGUGGACUGACUCCGUGAUAUUACCCCAAAUGCCUAGAGUUCUCACCCCUUCUUCCUACCCCACAUCAGGGUGACCCUGUCCCCUUCUCUCCACAGCCAAUGGAUGACCUGAACUCAAUUAUCAUUCCGAAUAGCAAUGCUACGUUUGAAAGGACAUUUUUGUACGUUAUGAUCAUUAUGUUCAUAGACCAGCACUAGAGAUAAAUUUUCUAUUCCGAAGGACUCCACAGUAAUUUAGGGAGGAGGUGGUGACUUUAAACAUCUGCUGGGGGGUUGGGACAAUUCAGGUAUUCCUAAUGCCACUGCGAAGGCCUACGAUGGUAGGCCUUGAACUCGGGAAUUCUGCCCUUAAUCCUUUGCCUCCCUCCCCAAGACACUCCUGAAACCAAAUGACAGUUCUAAAGUUUCCAAAAAUUGGUUUGAAACACUCCAAGUAAAGGAGGUGAGGACGGCGGAGGCUGAGGGCACACUAUCACAGUGAGAGGUGUUGUUGGCAAGUCUGCAGAGGCGGAAAUUACGCCACUGUUAAUUCUGCUUAGAGUGGCACCUGUUACUUUGAACUGUUGGACUGAACUGCCGGUCUUGUGCCUCAGUUUUUAUUUGUGGAAUCUCUCCUUAUCUGUGACGGACAGUCUGCUGAAUUGCAGAGUGAUGCAAGAUUAUAACCAGGCUGCUCAGGGAGCAAUACUCAGGAAGCACCUCCUUCAGAUAUGGGUAGGGGAUUUUUGGGACCCUUCCAACCCACUUCCCCAGAAGUUGUGGGUCGUUUGGCCUUCACUGGGCUUGUGAAUGGAGGCCUGCACUUCCAUAACCUCAGGACUUCCUGAAGCUUUCCGUGGUUGCUGCUGGAUGUUCACGUACUGAUUGAGGAUGAGGGUCUGGAGAAGGAUUCCUUGGCUCGAAGGAAGGAAAGUAACAUGGGUGUAAAAUACCCAACAGAGAGGAACAGCCUGCCGUUUUCCAGACGUGCGAAGCCUCGAUCAUUUCAGCUUCAAUACCCAGCCCCCUCCAACCCCAGCACUAGGCCCGAGAGGGUGAUCAUUUGGCCUUGGGCAUGAAGGAGUGGUGAACAGGCCUUGGUUCUGCUGGGGGAAUGGAAACACAAACCUUGAGCCUGUGGGGAUGCACCGAGCCUGAGGUAUCAUUAGGACUGGGGAGAGGGGUGGUGGGAAUGAGCAGUGUGAGAGGCUGUGGGAAGGGGCCAGGCCUCAGGCCUGUUGGGUCAAAAGGCUGAUGUAGGACCUGGGGGAGAGGGAGGGAAGAAACAGGCCCUGCGUCUGCAAGGGAAGGGACAAGCGAGCCUUGAGCCUGUAGGCCUCAUUCUCUCAGUCUGUGGAGUCGCUCCCACCAACCCCCCCCCCCACUAACUCCUUAUGGCCAGGGCCCUUUAUGGGUGAAGUGAGAUGCUCUUGGCUUCGCCUUGGAAAUAUGGUGACGUGAACCUGUGAGAGCCAUGGAGCUGGGUUGAAGAUGACAGAUGAGGCUCCAGUUCCGUACAGGGGUUGUUGGUGGCAUUCAGAGAUCAGAUCUCACUCCUCCCCCUCGUUUUAUUAAUAUUUUUAGAACAUGUGUGUUUUGUACAUGGCAGCAAAGCCGCGUAGUGCCCGGGAUCUUCAGCCAGGGGUAGGGUGAGAGUUUUAUAUGACCUUUGCCCUUUUCUAUUUUCAAUGUCUCUGUGAUAACCAGGGUGGAUUUAAAUCUGUGUCAAACACAGUUUGCAAUGGAAAGGAGGAGGCAAAUCAGGGGAUAAGAGUUGGAGAAUGCAUUGAAUGUGGUAUUGUCUGAUCUUGUGAACUUUUUUAAAAAACUGGCAUGUUUCAGGGCAUCUAAAAUAGCAGUUAAACUGUACAAUCUCUUGCCAGGUAGCACUGACCUAUUUUAUUGUAUCGCUAUGUGGGGUAUUUGUUCUGGGUAACAGGGUUUAUCUUGAGUUAAUGUUUGGUAGGGGAUUCUUUCUGGGUGAGGAGGCUAGGAGAGGGUGAGGGUCCAAAGGGCUGGGUAGGACAUAACAGUGUUGUCACCGGAUGAACUGGAAGGGGUGCGUUGCAGAGGAAACACAGACACACACACACACACACACACACACACACACACACACACACACACUCUCUCACUCACACACACUCACUCUCUCACUCACACACACACACACACACACACACACACACACACACCACUGCCUACCUAUCUGGAACUCAGGAUGUAUCCCAAAGUCCUCAUAUCCAUUUAUCGGACAACCUCCGGUUCUGAGAAGCUGGAAGUCACUGCCCCGCCCCUCCCUCACCCCACCGCUCCUUCCCCUUUCUUGAAGACUGCACCAUCCAGGCCAACGCACCCUGCUUCCAUCACGAGGGAGCUCCGCAGUCUCAGAAGGAGCUGUCUUUGGGACGGGACAUUAAACCAAGGCCCCGUCUGCCCUCCUCGGCGGACGUAAAAGACCCCUCAAAUGUUAUUUCGAUCAAGGAGGAGGGAGGGUUCGUUCAAAGAGACCAGAUGCAGUGGGAUCUUGCUGUGCACACAUUGGCUGCAUCGCAGAAGCUCUUCACUGCACGUUAAGUGCGUUAGGGCAUCCUGAGGUGGUGGUCGGCACUAGGGAAAUUCUUUGGGUGAAGUACUGUCCAAAAAGAUGGAUUAAGUGGUUGACGCCUUGCCAAGAAAGAAAAACAAUCCUAUGACAACACUGAAAAGAGGUUUUGAUUUACAGGGAAGGUAUUUUGUAAAAAUACUCUAACCCAAGUUUUGAAAAUAAAAGUAAUGUUUUUAAUGGAUUUUAUAAAGCUGAAUUUCCUGUACCUGAAUUAAAAAUGGAUGCUUUGGAGAGUGUGAUUGCCUUGUGAUCCUUUUCCUAACGACCAAUGUGUUUGCUUCUUGGGUUAAAUGCCCACCCCAAUGUAAAAUAGCUAGACAACCCUUAUUCCAAAAUUUGACGAGGUGGAGAAAGCAAGAUUGCUGGAUGAUUGGCAGCUGAUUACUAUUAAACAUAUUUUUAU